AUGGCUCCAGCAGGACACUCCUGGAUGUGGAUGGUCGGUGCCCUGAUCACAGCCCUGAUUCUGGGGGUGACAGAGCCUGUUCUUGCGGAUGGUGUUGCCUCCUGCAACAACCCCUCCGACACUGGGCCCUCUGGAAGCGCCCGGGACACUGGAGCUGGGGCCCAGGAGAGCACCAGGGCAGACGAAGACAGCAGCCCCCGCAUUGUGAAUGGGACCGACUGCGAGAUGCACGCCCAGCCGUGGCAGGGUGCGCUGGUGCUGCAGGCCAGCCAGCUCUACUGCGGGGCGGUGCUGGUGAAUCCGCAGUGGCUGCUCACAGCCGCCCACUGCCGGAAACCAUUUUACAGAAUUGUUCUUGGCCACCAUUCCUUUUCGCCCGUUUAUGAAACUGGGCAGCAGUUGUUCAAAGGGAUCAAAUCUAUCCCCCAUCCUGGCUAUUCCCAUCCUAGCCACUCCAAUGACCUCAUGCUCAUCAAACUGAACAGAAGAAUCCAUCAGACUCAGGCUGUUAAGCCCAUCAACAUCUCCUCCCACUGUCCCACUGCUGGGACCAGCUGCUUGGUUUCUGGCUGGGGAACAACCAGUAGCCCCCACAUUAAAUUCCCCAAGGUCCUCCAGUGCUUGAACAUCACUGUGCUAAGUACCAGCAGGUGCAAGAAGGCCUAUCCAGGACAGAUAGACUCCACUAUGUUCUGCGCUGGUGACGAGGCGGGCAGAGACUCCUGCCAGGGUGAUUCCGGGGGGCCUGUGGUCUGCAAUGGCUCCCUACAGGGCCUCGUGUCCUGGGGAGACUUUCCCUGUGCCCAGCCCAACAGACCCGGCGUCUACACCAACCUCUGCCAAUUCACUAAGUGGAUCAAGGACACCAUCCAGGCGAACUCAUGA